AUGUCAGAGAUCAAAAACGUCGCCAUUCUAGGAGUAAGUCCUCACCAUAUUUUCCAAUUUACUAUUGCUGACUACUGGAACAACAGGNCCUCGGGCAACUUUGGCACUCCCAUCACCUCCGCCCUCAUUGCCGCAAAUUUCAACGUGACAAUUAUAACACGAGCAUCUUCUACAACAGAACACCCACAAAACAUCCCCACUCUGCGCAUCGAGUACUCUCUCGAAACGCUCACCGAAGCCUUCGCAAACCAAGAUGCAGUGGUCUGCGUCGUGGGUCCCGGCGGUAUAGCACUUCAGAAAACCUUUGUGGAUGCUGCUGUUUCGGCCGGAGUAAAGAGAUUUAUUAUUGAUGAUUUUGGUUGGGGACCAACGACGAAAGGAUUUCCUGAGUUUGGUGCUAUACAUGCUUCAAGAAGGGAGGGCUGGGAUUAUGCGGCUGAGAAGGCGAAAGAAGUCGAGGGGUUCACUUGGACAGGUUUAUCGACUGGAAAUCCCAUUGACUGGAAGUUCCCAAUGAUGGGUUUCGACGUGCAAAAUCACAAAGCGAUCAUCUACGACGAAGGAAGCGAAAGAUUCACCGGCACAACACUGCAAGGAAUCGGUCAAGCGGUUGUUGGAACAUUACAACGCCCCGAAGCCACAGCCAACCGCUUCCUCGUUGUGCAAAGCAUACAAACAAACCAAAACGAGCUGCUUCAAGCAUUCGAGAAGGCGACAGGAGAACAGUGGGAAGUUACAAGGACAUCAAGCAAAGGAUUAAUUGAGAGUGGUCAAGAGGAUUUUGAGACUGGAGCAGGGUUGUGGAGGUUGAAGUUGGCGGUCGCUACUUUGUAUGAUGUUGGACAGGGAAGAGGUAGGGUUGCUGCGUCCAGAGAGGAGUCUGAUGCAGAGUUGUUGAGUGUGAAGAACGAGACCACUGAUGAGAUUGUGGCCAAAUUGCUUCAGUGA